AUGGAGGUACCACGGCAGGCUCAACAGGUACAACCGGAGGUUCAAGCCCAAGCGGAGGACCCCGAAGAAGCUAACCGGGCAGUAGCAUUUGAGCGCCUCCGACCAGCAAUGCGGCAGCGAUUGGGACCGCAGGACCCGAGCCGGCGCUCAAUAGAUGUACCGAUGCAGGAGGCCAGCCAGGAGGCUUCAUCCGAGCAUAGUGGGUCGAGAUCGCAUCGUCGACGACGCGCCCGGGAAAUGACCCAGGCCCAGACGAUCGAGCUUAACGAGACCCGAGGACUGCUCCAUGACCUCCAGGCAGAAUUCUCUCGGUUUCGAAACGAGCAAGCAGUGAGGCCCCCGGUCGAUCAAUCAGCCUCGCUAUUGAGGACACCCUUCACGGUGGAGAUUUUGGCCCAGCUAUACCCGCUCGAUCUACAAGUCCCGGAGAACAAAGGUUAUGAUGGCCGUACGGACCCUGAGGUCCAUGUCAACGAUUACUACGGCAACAUGAUGAUGAUGGGCGUGUCAGACGCCUUGAUGUGUAGGGCUUUCUACUCCACGCUUUCCGGUCGGGCGACGGAGUGGUUCCAAACGUUGCAGCCGGGUUCUAUCGCUGACUUUCCUACCCUGGCAAUGAAGUUUGUGCGGAAGUUUAUCACUUCCAAGAUAGUGAGGAAGCCCUACAUGUAUUUGGAAAAGGCCAAGCAGCUGGAAGGGGAGAGCUUGUCCGAUUUCCUGGUCAAGUGGAAAACCGUGGUCGGGGAAGUUGAACCGAUGGAUGAUGCAACCGCCACUCAUAUGCUUCAUAUCUCACUGCGGACCGGUUACCUCUAUCAGGAUUUCAUCCUCCAUCCCCCGACCACUUAUGAAGAGGCCCUUCGAAGGGUGACGGAUUACGCUAAUGCCGGAGAAGCGAAUGCCGUCAAAAGAUCGCAGGAGGUCGGGACUUCAUCCCGUAAGCCAGCCGGCCAGCCGGAACAUCGGUCGGGUGAGGACCAUCCCCGACCCCGCACCAGGCCUGGCGAGUUUACGGCCUUGAACCGAUCAGCGGCGGAAGCUAUGCAGUACGCUGUACGCCCAGUCUUGCAAUCUCAUCCGACUCCCUCAUCCCGGACAAGACGGACCAGACAAAUCUAA